AUGGGGGAAAGGGAAACCAACAGCAGCUGGGAGAAGGGCUUCCUCCUCCUGGGCUUUUCGGACCAGCCCCAGCUUGAGAGGCUCCUCUUUGUCAUCAUUCUGCACUUCUACCUCCUGAACCUGCUGGGGAACAUGGCCAUCAUCCUAGUGUCCUGCCUGGACCCCAAGCUCCACACUCCCAUGUACUUCUUUCUCAGCAACCUCUCCUUCGUGGACAUCUGCUUCGCCACCAGCGUUGCCCCACAGCUCCUGGUCACCAUGAACAAGAAGGACAAAACUAUGAGCUACGGUGGCUGCGUGGCCCAGCUCUACGUGGCCAUGGGCUUGGGCUCGUCCGAGUGCAUCCUGCUGGCAGUCAUGGCUUAUGACCGCUACGCUGCCAUCUGCCUGCCGCUGCGCUACAUGGCCGUCAUGAACCCACGGCUCUGCGCGUCCCUGGCCAGCACGGCAUGGCUCAGUGGCCUGGUGACAUCCCUCAUCCAGUGCUCCCUCACACUGCAGCUGCCCCUCUGCGGGCACCGCAGGCUGAACCACAUUUUCUGUGAGGUGCCUGUGCUCAUCAAGCUGGCCUGUGUGGACACUGCACUCAACGAGGUGGAGCUUUUUGUGGCCAGUGUGGUCUUCCUGAUUGUCCCCGUGUCCUUCAUCUUAGUCACCUACGGUUUUAUAACCCAAGCUGUGCUGAGGAUCAAAUCAGCUGCAGGGCGCAAAAAGGCCUUCGGGACCUGCUCCUCUCACCUGCUGGUGGUCGUCAUUUUCUACGGGACCAUCAUCUUCAUGUACCUGCAGCCAGCCAAGAGCAGCUCCAAAAACCAGGGGAAGUUCGUCUCCCUGUUUUACACUAUAGUCACCCCACUUUUAAACCCCAUUAUCUAUACUCUGAGGAACAAAGACGUCAGAGGAGCUUUGAGGGCCAUGAUUGUGGGAAACACUUUGAGGCCAGGAAGACCCUGA